AUAGGCUCGUUCAUUUUUUUCACCUGUAAUCUGUAAUUGCCACCAUUGCAGGGGUAUCGACUCUCGAUCUGUAAUCAUUUCCUUUUUCUUUUUCCCCUUCUUCGUUCUUUUAUCUCUGCAUCCGUUAGGCGUUGGGGCUUGCUUCAAUGGCGAAUCCAGAAGAAUCAAGCCCUCUUUUGAUUAAACAAGGCGACGGAGAGGGAAAUGCCAAGCACGACGAGAAACGUUCAGCGACGGAAUCUGGACACAGCUGCGGUGGGAGUGCCGAAUGGACUGUCGAUGGUUUGCCGUUAGGGCAUGGAAGCGUGGUCGGUGAACCGGUGGCUCGUGCUCGUUGGGACUCCUCUCUUUUCGCUUGUCUUGGGCGGAAUGAUGAGUUCUGUAGCAGUGAUCUCGAAGUCUGUCUUCUUGGAAGCUUUGCCCCUUGUAUGCUAUAUGGAAGUAAUGUGGAGAGACUAGGAUCUGGUCCAGGGACUUUUGCAAAUCAUUGCCUGGCUUACACUGGUCUUUACCUGCUUGGGAGUUCCCUUUUUGGUUGGAAUUUCCUGGCACCAUGGUUUUCUUAUCCUAGCCGCACAGCUAUUCGUAAGAAAUUCAACCUUGAGGGCAGCUGCGAAGCACUAUCUAGGUCAUGUGGGUGCUGCAGGGGUGUCAUGGAGGAUGAAGUGCAACGUGAGCAAUGCGAAUCGGCAUGUGACUUUGCAACUCACUUCUUCUGCCACACUUGUUCCCUUUGCCAGGAAGGGCGAGAACUCCGCCGUAGGCUGCCCCAUCCUGGGUUCAAUGGUCGGCCUAUCUUGGUUAUGAUCCCUCCGAUGGAACAGACAAUGGGCCGUUGAGGAGCCUAAGAUAAUCCUGUUUUGCCCACACGCUACACUUUGUCUAUACUCUCUCUUAGACAGUUAGACACUACUACUAUUAUUUUCUAUGCUGUAGACAGACACUGUUAUAUUUGUUUUUAUUGUCUGUUGUGAGCAGGAGACAACCAUGUGACUUGCUCAACAAAUUAAAAUAAGAUUGCUAGUAUGGGGAAAUGUGCGUGAGUUUGAUGUCUAUAAUUUAUUUUAUAUUUCUUGGUCGUCAUUUUCUAGAAAUGAUUUGUUCUAAAUUUGUUAAACAAGAGAAGGAAACUUCUGCUUAUACCAAGUUUUCACUUGUACCUCUGAUCGAAGAA